AUGGAUUCUGAGGACGACAUGCUCGACGCCAACGACCUCGAGUCCGUCGACGAUGAUUUCUACAGCGGUGAGACUGAGUAUGCUGGUUAUUACGACAGUGAAGAAGCCGACCCUGACUACGAGUUCAUCGAGGAGGCUGAUGAUGCCUAUGCGAUUGCGUCUAGUCGCUCUCAGCAAAGUUAUUCUGUUUUAAAGGAAGCUGAUAUAAGACGGCAUCAAGAAGAUGAUAUCACGAGGGUGUCUACUGUCCUUUCAAUAUCAAGAGUAGCGGCAAGUAUUUUACUUUGCCAUUAUCAUUGGAGCGUUAGUAAAGUUCAUGAUGAAUGGUUUGCUGACGAAGAGAGUGUUCGAAGAACUGUUGGCUUGCUGGAGAAACUGAUUGUUCCACCUUCAAAUGCUAGAGAACUGACUUGUGGGAUCUGCUUUGAAUCCUAUACUCGUGAUAAAAUUACUUCAGCUGCUUGUGGUCAUCCUUUCUGCGGUUCAUGUUGGAGAGGUUACAUAAGUGCAACCAUUAAUGAUGGCCCGGGAUGUUUGUCGCUGAGAUGUCCUGAUCCAUCUUGUUGUGCUGCUGUUGGUCAAGAUAUGAUAAACAGAAUGGCAUCAGAUGAAGACAAAGAGAAGUAUUCGCGUUAUUUUCUUAGGUCUUAUGUUGAAGACAAUCGAAAGACCAAGUGGUGUCCGGCUCCAGGGUGUGAGUUUGCAAUUGAUUUUGCUGCUGGUAGUGGGAACUUUGAUGUUUCUUGUCUUUGCUCGUAUAGCUUUUGUUGGAAUUGCACUGAGGAAGCUCAUCGUCCAGUUGAUUGUAGCACUGUUGCUAAGUGGAUUCUGAAGAACAGUGCUGAAUCUGAAAACAUGAAUUGGAUCCUAGCUAAUUCAAAGCCUUGUCCCAAGUGUAAGCGGCCAAUUGAGAAAAACCAAGGGUGCAUGCACAUGACGUGCACUCCACCUUGUAAAUUUGAGUUUUGCUGGCUUUGCCUUGGUGCAUGGUCAGAUCAUGGUGAAAGAACUGGUGGUUUUUAUGCUUGUAAUCGGUAUGAAGCAGCUAAGCAGGAGGGAGCGUAUGAUGAGGCUGAGAGAAGGCGAGAGAUGGCAAAGAAUUCUUUGGAGAGAUAUACUCACUAUUAUGAACGUUGGGCUAGCAAUCAAUCGUCAAGGCAAAAAGCUCUUGCAGAUUUACAUCAAAUGCAAACUAUACAUCUUGAGAAGCUUAGUGAUGUACAGUGCACCCCAGAAUCUCAGCUCAAGUUCAUAACAGAUGCUUGGCUUCAGAUAGUGGAAUGUAGACGAGUUCUAAAGUGGACCUAUGCAUAUGGAUAUUACCUACCUGAGCAUGAGCAUGCAAAGAGACAGUUUUUUGAAUAUUUGCAAGGCGAAGCAGAAUCUGGUUUGGAAAGACUUCAUCAAUGUGCUGAGAAGGAAUUGCAACAUUUCCUUAACGCUGAGGGUCCAUCAAAGGAGUUCAAUAACUUCCGCACAAAGUUAGCUGGACUUACGAGUGUGACGAAAACUUACUUCGAGAAUCUGGUGAGAGCUUUAGAAAACGGCCUGGCUGAUGUGGACUCCCAUGCGGCCUGUAGCAAGACGACAGCAUCAAAAAACAUAGGUGUUAGCAAGGGGAGGGGUGGUGGAAGGUCGCGGGGAAAUUCUAAAAUCGGUGGUUCCAGCAGAAGUAUAGAUGACAAUUAGUCUUUUUUUCUGAGUAGUUCCAAGGUGUGCCAGGAAACAUAGACUUGCUUGAACCUUGGAAGAAAAAAAGACGACAGAAUCUUCAAACUUGAAACAAAAGUGUUGAAAUGGGAGGAUUCUUGGUCAAUUUUCUUUUUUUCUUUUUUUCCUCCCUUUUUCUGCUGAUCCUUUCUCCAGGAGGCUGUUCUAGGGUCUUAGAUAUAUAUAUAUAGGAUAUGUCGGUGUGGAUGUGGGUGUAUAUAUAUAUAUAUCAUUAUCUAUUUAUAUAUUGGAUGCUUGCAACAUGUUGCCUAGUAUACCAUUUUGUGCAUCUGCAUUAUCAUCCUUGAAUCCCUGCAAAUAAGACUUCUUUCUCUCUUA